AUCCUGCGUGGACGGCAAUGUUCACGAGGACUUUGGUAGCUCAUAGGGGAGUGAGUGUUUUGAAAAGGGCAAACGACUGCGGAAAUCAACUUUUGUCGUACUGUUCUCGCAAGCGGCAAGUGAGUCUUCAUCUUGGCCACUUGGCCGGUUGGUUCCUCGGUUAUUCGGUUGGUUAGUUGGUGUGUAGUCCGGAUAGAAAGGAGCCCUCAAAUUAUCCACCGCUAUUAUUUCUGGAAGUGAGCUUGGAGAGGAAGGAGGAUCCCUGAGGAUUCGUUCCAAUUUGAACAAGCCAAUCUUACUUUCUCGAAAACCAUGAGGUACAGAGAUUGCCCACAGGAACACCACCAGUACCACCAGCACCAGUACCACGACCAAAAUCCAGCUUUCUCCCCUUCUUCUUCUCCCUCUCGUUAUUCUCAAGUGUGAGUGACGUCAUCGUAUGUUCUGUGGGGGCCCGUCGUCACAUGUCCCAUUUGAGUGAGCAGCAUCCCAUACAUUGCAAACUCACUCUGCUUUUGGACCCAAGAUCGCAGAGCGAGGAGCAGACUUGUUUCCAGAAUGCUUCUUAAAAAUCGAGCCUCAACUCAUCCCUGCUAGUCUACGCCAGGCCAUAUUCCCGAAAAGAACAAGUUUUAGGAUCAGUGAUUGUGAAAGAGAAGGAAAAACCGCGCGUUAUUGUGUCAGAACAUCAAUUUGAUGUGAAGUCUUUUGGAAGACAUGGGAACAUGAGACAAGGAAGAGAUAAAAAAAAGAGUAUUCAACUCGAUCUGUGGAUGCCCUAUAAGGUGCAGUGACAACAAUUGUCGCGCUCUUGGCAAAAAAAACUCCCAAGUGUUUUGGCUUCACUUCUUUGAGGAAUAGCUAGUCUUCCAAUGUCCCUAAUCCCAAGUUCUAUGACGUGAGUCUAAGCGGGAAAGUUUAUUUUCAGACCAUCGGGGAUCACGUUUCCAACGUGAAUGAAGUUGCAGCACAAUUUGAUUCUUCUUCCCCUUGCUCCUUCUCUCUCAGUCGCUUCUCUAUUAUUAUCUUCCUCAUCGUUGUUUACUUGCUUAUUCAUUUACAGAGUGCUUGCUAGCUCUUCGCUGCAAUCCACUCAUCCUUUGGUGGCAGUUAUUCUGGUUCCGCACUUGCUUUGAAAAGAACCAUUUCAGUCCAACCAAGUGACUGACGUACGUGGAAACCAACCGUGUUGGUGCCAGAGUUCCUUGGUUCCUGCUGAACCCGCUUUGAAGGUGUCCUCGUGGGCUGGUUUAGUCUACAUUCAGGCUAUGACGUCAAUGCCUUUCCUGCCUUACGUGUUGUAGAUUUUAAUGGUAUUGGAUACCCCAGUGGAUGCCUCUUCUCAAUGGAAUUUGUUCCGCGUGUCUUGCCGUUCUCGCUCUCGUGAAAUAGGAGAGGGACGACCUUUCUUUUCCUCCUUGCAUUGACGUCAUCAAGUUGGAACAAUCUGAACCUGCUGCUUUCCGCUUUUCUCUCCCUGUGUUUGGCCGGCCUACUUCAGAUUGUGCGUGUCUGCUUUUCCGAGAUCCAUCCACGUUCCACUUGCUACGAAAGCAAGGAAAAAGAAAAGAAGAAACGUUCCUGGCUUCAAGCUCAUUUGGACCAACCAGGACAAGUAGAAGUGUCUUGAAAAAAAGCCGUUCCAGCUUCUCUAGCAAGAAAUCAUCACAGUCUCUGAAUGUAAUACACAAGUUCAAGUCUGUUUGGCAGAGAAGCUGUCCAAUGGCCAAGUGUAUGUAUCCUACUUUGAAAUAGAGCGACGAGACUGCGAUUGUUGCCGUCCUCGUUCUUGCCCUCGACCUGGUCGUCGUAGUCGUCGUCGUCGUCGUCGGCCUCAUAAGAAUGAAAGGCCAGUCCAGAGUGCAAUUGGUCGUGAAUGGCGGGUGGGAACAGCGUAUGAGCAAGAGAGCUCCACUGAGAACGAACAAAAAAGGUUGUCUUGUGCGAGCUUGUGCCUGUUCCAUUACCACGACGAAUACAAGAACUGCUAGGUACAAGAUGAGCAUUAGGAACACAUCAGCCACGACUUCAGUGUAGAUAGAAUACAAGAAGUGCUGUUUCUGCUGGGAUCAUGGUGGUGCAAGUGGUGUUUCUUGCCCAAAGACUCCUCGUGGCAUUUACGUGGGGUCUCUGAACCAGAAAGCCCCCGAGACAGACCUGUAUUUUGACUCAUGCCAAACCAAUAAUUGGCCCACAAUAGUCAAUAAACCCCGGAAAACCUCACUCCUGAUUCAGCCCAUGGACAAGAACUCUCAACCAGAUUUGUGCUCAGACCAAUACCCCGCCAUCGAUCAUUCAAUAAGAAACCUUGACCGAGGCACUCGAACUGGGUUUAGCUCAACAAUGCCCUCGCACAGCCUCAGUACCAUGAUAGACGACAGUCGCAUGUGCCCCCAAGUGACGGUGAGCUCUGUGGGGGGAGCCAUAACACACUAUCAUUCAUUCACUGAGGGCAAUUUUGCCAUCGAGGAAGAGGAUCUUGGAUCGCGAUCCUCCAUUAACAAUCGUAUCUGGCGAUCCCACAGCUUGACUCCCACCGUGGGAUCACAUCUCUCCACCCCCGAUAGGGAGUGGUCAGUGGGCGGAGGAAAAGUCCGAUCCAACUCGCUCACGGUGGUCAGAUAUAAUAAUAACAAAAGUGGAUCCACCGUAAUGAUGUCGGGUGGAACGACUCUCAGUACGACACCCUCAGAAACGGAGAAGCAGAUCGAAGAGUUGUUAAAUAAGCUCCCUGAUGGCUCGGGCAUGAAAGAGCUUCACAUUUGGCUGAAAUCCCUCCGUCUACACAAGUACACCACGUUCCUUUUGAAAUUUUCCUACGAGGAUCUCAUGGCAUUGAACGCGGAACAACUCCCCAAGGAUCGAGUCACUGAAGGUGCGAAGGGGAAAAUACUCAAGGAAGUCAAGCUCAUCAACGAACGACCUUCGACCAUUCGAAAACUGCAAUUGGCCUUGGAGGACAUUUCCAAGUUGGAUGAUUUGGUCCGAUUGGAAAAACUCCUGCCCGAGGUUGAAAAGGUAGUGCUGAUGCCUUUAAAGCCUUACAAUGCAACUCACCACUCGCUCUCCAUGGACUUAUCCUCUCACUCUAACAACACCCUCGUUCACGUCAUUGCACCACCGAAGGCCGCUAGUGAUUCUGGGAUGUCGGAUUCGUUCGGGGAUAUCCCCGAGGAUUCGACAAUGCCCAAUUGGCCGUCAUCGUGCAAGCCCGACACAGAGAACAUUCCCCAAUCUAUCUUCGAAGUUCUGAAGAAAGUGUGCUCCAUCAUUGUCUUGAGUGAUUGUCCUGUUCCGAAAGUGGUUACUAAAGUGGUGAAAAAUGCCUCUGCACUCCUAGAGCAUUGCAUCGAGAGGGAGGCCUAUCAGCCUCAACAGAAGCAGUAUUUCCGAGCUUGGCUGAAGCUUCUUAGAAAUCCCAGUCCACUACGUUCCAUGCGUCAGCAGCAACAACAACAACAGCAGCAACAAUUCACUCCCCAGGACGUGGUGGGUUCAAACAACUGCAGGCGAAUGUCCAGUGGGAUCCCAGUGGCUCCACGAGGUAUGCCAACGAGCUUUGUUCGUGGGAGCACACCCCUCGCUUUCCAAUCACAGGUUGUGCCCAAACCGUCAGGGUUAGGUCUCUCCCAAUUCGGGCUCUUUCCCGAGGGACAUGAUGGUCUUUUCAUGAACCUACAGCGCCGAUCCGUGCCAGAGAUCACACCUCCACUUCUGUAUCCUCAGGCCAAACGAAAUAGCUAUCAAGGAGACGCGAGAACGGUUCCAAUCACGGACUCGGAGAUCCUCUCCAACUUGCUAGAUUGCCGUCGGCGGGAAUCCACACUAUCCUGCGAUUCGGGCUAUUACUUGUCUUUGCCGGAGAGUCGGCGAAACUCUUCUCUAUCUUCUUCAGACGGCAGUCGUCGGAACUCGUCGCUCUCGUCCUCGGAUGAGAGUCGCCGUAACUCGUUUCUCGACGACAGCCACCACAGAGAUUCAUUCUUCAGCAGCACGCCCACUUCGUACGGACGUGAUCACUCAUUAUCUUCAAAUAUUUCCAUGGGGGGCACGGGUUGCCCUCUGGGUCUCCAAUCGUCCCCGUCAGAUCGUCGAGAUUCUGGCCUUCCUCAGGAGCCCCGCAGUUUCCUGAGUGUGGGUAGUGCAGCGCAUGCCCGAGGAGCCCCGGGACUGACCCCGCUGAGCGGCGGAUUGAGCUCCGGAUUCAUUUCCGACGGGUCCACGGACUCGCAGGAGGAAAUUCACAAUCUUCAUAAACUGAACCAAGACCUUUACAAUAUCAGUCUCUCUGUCACGAAGCAAGCUCUCGAAGAGAACUGAGACCUUGCUGAUGAUACUCUUGAUGAACAACUUGUCAGUAUUAGUACGACUUAACAACACCCUUUUCUCAAUACCUUUCCGCAAUUCCACCUCUUAAGAACGGCGGGAAACUCACUCAACACUAUUUGCACCGCUUAAUGAUCUUGACAAGCACCACAAAAGGCGAUUGAAAAAGGAUUGGUCGGCCUUCGUCUUUGUUGGUCGUGACCGCACAUAAGUACAUUUAAAAAAAAACCUGCUUGUAAUGCUAUUUAUCAACAAUUAUGAAAAUAUCGAUGAAGAAACGCCCACUUGCUUGGAUACGUCUUCUUCGUAACUACACCUAGCUGUCUGUGAUCUUUCCGCAAAUGUGGCCACUUACAAUUGGACUUACAACCCUCCACCUCGAACCUUUUCCCGGCAAUUUUGAGCUCUAAAUUCCCCUAAUAUCACUCCAUUUGACCUAUUUACUCAAUUUCAAUCCGUAUCCAACAACAACUAGCUCCAACAGACUCUCACUAGAAUGACGAAUGAGCUUCUGACAAGCCUUAAAACAGCGGCAAACCAAACAAGAGCUCGCAAGAACAACGAAACAAAACUCUAUAGCUAGCAUUGCACUCCCAAAUUGAGAGACAGCCUUGUUCCAUGUACCGUACACUCUGUUGUUGACCUUUUUCCGAGAUGCUGAACUACGCCCAGUAGUGCAAGUAACAAUAUUGACCCCCCCUUCCCCACCAACAUCACUCACUCUCUUCUUGAUACAACUAUCAACUAUCCGCCUCUCUUAUUCUUCAAAACAUCCGAAAUGUUAGAAAACAACCAUCAGGGUAGCUCCUACGGGGGUUUUAAAAUUUGGGGGAGGGAUCUAUUUUUUAAGCUUAAAUCUAUUUUUCCCUCGAGCAAGAUGGCUGGUAUUGGUUGAGAACUGUUUUGUGAUCCAAAGAAGAUGAACCAUACAAUUGAUCAUCAUUUGUGUUGCCGUUGUACCACCUCUAGAUACGACUAUUUUUAUGUUGACUUUGUCAAAGAAACUAUUCGAACUUGAAAAUAGAUCAUCAUUCUGUUAA